GUUAUGGCGUCCAGUGCUGCGACCCGAACUGCGGCCAAAGUUGUUAAGCCAAUUUUUAGCAGGGACUUGGACGAAGCAAAACGCAGAGUCCGGGAGCUUUACCGAGCCUGGUACCGAGAAGUCCCUAACACGGUGGCGAUGUUUCAGCUGGAUAUCACAACACAACAGGGCCGAGAAAAAGUGAGGGAAAUGUUCGACAAAAACAAACAUGUCACUGACCCCCGUAUGGUUGACAUGUUAGUCAUUAAGGGGAAAAUGGAACUACAGGAGACCAUCCACGUAUGGAAACAGAAGACGCACAUUAUGCGAUACUUCCAUGAGAGUGAGGAACCGCGUGCCACUGACUUCCUGUCCAAAUUCUACAGAGGUCAUGAACCCUGA